AUGGAUAAAGUUAAAGAGGCGAGACACGUUAUUUUACAAGACAGCGAAGUUGACAUUUUUGGAGGAGAAACAGACAGCGAUGAGGACUUUAUAUUAUCGGAAAGCGAAGUCGAAAGCGAAGAAAAUGGACUUGACUAUGAUGACGACUAUGAAUGCAGUUCGAAGAAAACUCGUGCUGAAGAGGAAGUAGAGCAACAUGAACCAUCUUCUAGCUCAGAUCGUCCGAGACAGUAUCUUUACGGAAAAGACAACUACAAGUGGCUUACGAAAGCUCCUGAAUCAGAAGGUAGGAAAUCAAUUACUAUACAUUUACCUGAAUGUAAACAAGAAGCGAGAGAAAUGACAACGCCAUUAGAUAUUUGGAGUUUGUUGUUUCCGGAUGAAUUGCUGGAGAUUAUAGUGAAGCACACUAAUGAGGAAAUAAACCGGAGAUUAGUCAAUUUAUCGAGUCAGCCUUAUUAUUGUGAAACAGAUUUGAUUGAAAUGAAAGCAUUUAUUGGUCUUUUAUAUUUUGCUGGAUUACAAAAAGAUAGACAUAAAAAUACAGUGAAUAUGUGGAAAGAAAACGGUUGUACUAUGUAUAGAGCUGUCAUGACUCGCAAUCGUUUUAUUUUUCUGGGUUCGUGCUUACGCUUUGACGACAAAACAAUAAGGAAAGACAGGCAAACUACCGACAGAUUGACGGCCAUCAGAGAAAUUUGGGACAAGUUUAUCGAAAAUUGUACAAAAUAUUAUACCCCUUCACAAAGUUGUACUAUAGAUAAGCAGCUUCUUGGCUUUAGAGAAAAAUUUUUUGCAAAAGUUUACAUCAAAAGUAGACCUGAUAAAUACGGAAUAAAAAUUUUAUGUUUAAAUGAUUCCAGAACCUUUUAUAUGUUAAAUGCGAUUCCGUACACAGGCAAAGUUGUAACCGAAAGAUUAGAAAACAUUCCUUCAUAUUAUGUGCGCCAACUUUCAAUCCCGAUUCACGGAACCGGCAGAAACAUUACCUGUAACAGUUGGUUCACUUCUAUUGAAUUAAUAAAUAUGAUGAAACGUGAGUACUCUCUGACAAUGGUUGGUACAAUACGGAAAAAUAAGCGUCAAAUUCCUUUUGUCUUUCAACGAUCUGCUUUUGUUGGUGAUGCACGAUAUGUAUAUACGAACGAAAUGACUUUAUUAUCUUAUACACCAAAGAAAAACAAAGUUAUAUGCCUUGUAUCGAGUUUGCAUAGAAAUAAGGGAAAAACAGAUGUAGAAAUUAAAAAACCGGAAAUAGUUUCCUAUUAUAAUAGUACAAAAGGCGGAACAGACACUUUUGAUUUUUUGUGCAAAAGCUAUUCGACGUGUAGAAAAACGAAGCGAUGGACAAUGAGGCUUUUCUUUGGCAUGCUUGAUCAAGCAGUUGUUAACAGCAAUAUUUUAUAUAAUCUGAAUGAUAGAAAUAAUGCGAUGAAAAGAUAUAAUUUUAUAGAAGACUUGGCAAUUAUGCUAGCAGGUCCGUACAUGCAAAAUAGAUUACAACACGCAAAUCUUCAAAAACGAUUAAGAAUAUCUAUUUGUGCUAUUUUACGAAUAGAAGAACCGCAACCAGAAGAAAGAAAACAUAAGCUUGAAACAAGAAAACGAUGUUAUUAUUGCAAAAAUACCGCCGACAAAAAAACCUGGAUAUGUUGUUUUAUGUGCGGAAAACCGAUUUGUGAGCAACAUCGUACUUACGUAUGUCUAGACUGCAAAACGUAA